GGCGCCAGAACCCAAGGAGAAAAGCUCGCAAGCCUUUGAAAUCUACUGGAACGUGCCGAGCUUUAUGUGCCAUAAAUAUGGGAUGGACUUUCACGAGGUGUCGAAAAAGUACUCGAUUCUGCAGAACGACGCCGACGACUUCCGAGGCAAUCGCAUUGCCAUUCUUUAUGAUCCCGGAGAUUUUCCGGCUUUUCUCAAGGACGACCGAGGAAGGAAGGCCCUGGGCGCUCGAACGCUGUGCACCGCACACAACAGAAGAGAAGAAUCGAACAAAAGGAUCGAGAGAUCGGCAACUACACACAAGCAUGGGACAGCUCGGUAAUUUCGGCGCUUUGCUCGCCUUCCUCGUCUUGGCGCAAUCGAGCCUAUCGAGCGCCCACCGAGAGCACAAGGUGCACAACAUCGUGCUCUACCCGGACAAGGAGUCGUGGUGCAAGACGACGCCGAUCAAGCAAGUGGUAACCUGGCCGUCGUGCGCACCUCAGGAGCUCGACAACAACGUCUGCGUCGGCGCCUGCUUCUCCUACAUGGUGCCGCACAGCGAGCCCUCGGCGCCCGGUGACCUCAUCAGGCCCUACUGCGACUCGUGUCAGCCUCUGGACAGCGUCUGGCACACGGUAACUCUGGACUGCAAAGACAAGGACGACCAGCCCACGACGAUGCAGAAGAAGGUGCAAAUAAUUACAAACUGCUCGUGCAGCUCGUGCACCGAGUCGUCGCGCAUCAAGCCGGACUUCGACAGUCUGCUGCAGUCGCUCGAGUUGGCUCACGCGGCUCUGCAAUUCCGCGGGGCCGCAGCCGCGGCGGCUCGUCGUCAGCAGCAUAAGCAGGAGCAGCAGCAGCAGCCACAAGAGACUCCGACCGAUCAGCCGCCGAUGUAUCAGCCGGCCCAGGCCGAGCCACCGCAGACGCAGGAGCAGCUGCAACGCGAGGAACAGCAGCAGCAGCAGCAUCACGAGCAUCACGAGACGGUGCAAUCAUCAACCGAAGCCGAGCAACAGCAGCAGCAGCAGCAGCAGCAACAACAACAACAACAACAACAAUCGACUCAAGCACCAUCAGUAAUAUCGGCGCCAGAAGUGGUAGCCGCCAGCGAGUCGGUCCCGCGCGAGCCGGCGCCCGUCGUCGUCGAUCCAGCCAAGCAACAGCAACAGCAGCAGCAGCAGCAGUCGAGCGACGAGGCGCCGGCGGCUGGACUGCAAGGCGCCACUCAUGGCACUGGCAGCAACAACGAGACGCCCGACCUCCUGCUCAAUCCCAAUCUCAAUGGCUCCUCGUCGUACACGGCUCCCGCUCGUCACGGGGGCCUGCUGGCCAACGAGCGCUUCGUCAAGCUCUUCAAGCAGCUCAAAGACUCCUACCAGCCCAAGGACAAGCUGGAAAAGCUGGAAAAGCUCGAGGGCAUCGAUAAGCUCGAGAAGCUCGAGAAAAUAGAGCUGCUGUCCCAACUCACGGAGCUUCUGCACAAGUACAGCGCCCAGGAGGAGCCGAGCGAGUCGCGUGAGGGCAGUAGCAGCGACGACGACGAGGGAGCCGAGCCGAAAUCGUCGAUGAUGCUGGAUCAGCUGCUGCAGCUGGUGCCGCGGGCCUCGUCCUCGUCGCCGCCGCCACCGCCACCCGCCGACCCGAAGGACGACGAGGACGACGAGGAGGUGCCGUCGCUGUCGGAUCAGCAGUUGCGCGUGGCCGAGGCGCUGCAGCAUCGGGGUCACUCGCUGCUCCUCGACAGCGACGUCAAGGAGAAGAUCGACGUGGCUUCGGACUAUCUGCAUCCGGCCCUCGAGGGACAGGAGAUCAGUUAUCAUGACAAUCACGUCGACAAGACGAAGAAAAAGUCCGAGGACGAGUUUGCCGUCGAAUAAAUUUACUUCGUUUAUGCAUACGCACGUGCGUGUCAAUUGCGGAUAAAAAAGUAUAGAGACGCUUUCUGGUCUUUACCGACAGUCAGUAACUUAUUUCAAAUUGUUAUAUUGUAUUGUAAAUUGUAAUUUUUAAGCUUUAAGCGCAUACUUAUUAUAAGUUUAAUUGUGUAAAGUAUAUGAGAAAAGAUUCAUUUUAUUAUCGUGAAAA